UUCGUUUUGUAUGUAUAUAAAUAGCCUAAAAGUUGGUAAAUGGAAAAUUUAAUAUAAAGAUGUACUUACUAAAAGAAUUCAAUAACGCAUAUUUUAGCAUGUUAUUUAUAAUUCAGUGGAGGAGGAUUGUAUAUGAUUAUGUAAUAUAUUAAUAGGUUGGAAAUUCAAAUAAUCUGGAGUUUGGAUUGGAUUGGCUCAAGAAUUCACUUUUAAUAAUUAAAAGUGUAUUUUUGGGAAUAUGUAAAUGGGAAAAACAGGGAAAUCGGGUAAAAUGGAUGUCAAAGGAAAUAGUAUUAGGAAAAUGUAAAUCGAAUUCUUGAUAUCCAAUUUAUUAUGAAAAAGAUUCUUUUCAAAUUAUGAAUAGGAUAGAUAGAAAAUGAAUCAUUUAGCAGUCACUAUUCAAAAGUAGUUUUAUAUUUAUAAUCUCUUUUCUUAUAGUCAUUAAAUUUUGCAAGGAUAUUAAAGCAUAUUAAAGUUGAUGUUUACAUUGAUAUUGUUGAAUAGUAAAGUGAGAAAUUUAAUCUUAAGUUUUGUUCCAAGAAUGUGUAUUUCAAAUACAGCAACACAAAAAUGACAUAUAUCAUAAUAAUUGAUUUGUCGAAAAUAAAUAUUUUUAACAAAAAAAAUGGAGUAGCCGAGCUUCGCUCUCGGCGCCUCGUGAAUGCAAAUCACGCGCUCUACUAAAUGAGCUACUACCCCAAGUUAUUCUUAAUAAUAAUUGAUGAUUUAUUAAUUGAAAGAGAAAACGAACUGAAAAGAGAAAAUUACAAGUGAUCCAAUUUAUUCAUCUUAUAAUUCAAGAUAAAAAUCAACUUCCUAAUCAAACUUUACAUUGAGAAAUGGAAGGAGACUUCUUAGAUAGCAUGAAUUAAAAAAGUAAUUACAAAUAGAUUUUAAGAUGAUACUGAAUUUCUAAAUUUUUAGAAUAGAUUUUGAAACAAAAUGAUAAAACAAUCCAACCUGUUUAAAAGUUCCAAUACAUCUAUUAAGGAGUGAUUUUUGGUUUACAAAUCAGUUAUAUUUUCUUUGCACAAUUUCUCCUAAAAGAUAUCAAGUUAGAUUAAAAAGUAGAAGUCAAUCAUACUUCACAACUAUAUAAAUAUUUAUGCACAAAAACUGAGUAAGCCUCUACAAAUGAAUAGCCAAAUGAAUAUGUUUUGAAUGAUAUUACAUGAAA